AUUCAACCCUGCUAAAGGUUAGCUGUGCAGCUCUGUGACUUUUUAAACAUACACACUUUAUUCAGGCCUCCAGAAUGGCAGGCAGACGUGCUCUGAAGGCUGUGCUCAUCGACCUGAGUGGAACUCUACAUAUAGAAGACACAGCAGUACCUGGAGCGCAGGAAGCUCUCAACAGGUUACGGCAGGCGUCUGUGUCUGUGAAGUUCGUGACCAACACAACAAAGGAGAGUAAAAGGAACUUACUGGAACGACUGCAACGUCUCAAUUUUGACCUCCAGGAAAAAGAGAUCUUCACGUCUCUGAGUGCAGCGAGGAGUCUGUUAGAGCAGAAGAAACACAGACCAUUACUGCUGGUGGAGGACAGUGCACUGGAGGACUUCAAUGGCAUCGACACGUCUGAGCCAAACGCUGUCGUCAUCGGACUCGCACCGGAUCACUUCAACUAUCAAACUCUCAACAAGGCUUUCAGAAUGAUUCUGGAUGGUGCUCCUCUCAUUGCCAUCCAUAAAGCUCGGUACUAUAAACGGAAGGAUGGUUUGGCACUUGGCCCCGGGCCGUUUGUAACAGGGCUUGAGUACGCCACAGACUGUAAAGCUGCUGUGGUGGGAAAGCCUGAAAAGACAUUUUUCACACAGGCUCUUGCUGAUUUAGGAUGUAACCCCAAUGAAGCUGUCAUGAUAGGAGAUGAUGCCAGAGAUGAUGUGGGAGGAGCUCAGAAUGCAGGAAUGUUGGGCAUUCUGGUAAAAACUGGUAAAUACAGAGAAGGAGACGAGAAUAAAAUCAACCCUCCUCCCCAUCUGACAUGUGACAGCUUUCCCGAUGCUGUUGAACACAUCCUGAAGAACCUGCUAUAAGAAUGAAGCAGCAGCAGAAUUCUUCAUGUUUCAUUCCCUCUUCAUCUUGCACACAGAAAACACUCUCAAAUCAUCAACACUCACUGUUAACCGUCCCUAACUAAAUAAUGCAUUUAAACAAAGAUGUCCAAUAGAGUGAGGGACUACUUUCGCUCUUUAAGUCCAGAACACUGAAAAGUGAAGCCUGUUUCUCAGAAACAACUGUC